AUGCAACGCAAAGCUUUUUAUAUUGCAGUUUCACCAGUAACGAGCUCUGAAGAGCUAGAAAAUGUUAAAAAUACCAUAGAACAGCAAGGUGGAGUGGUUGUUAACACAUCUAUUAACGAAGAUAUCGGUUUAUUUGAAUUACAGGAACAAUCAAUGCUCAAAACUGCUAAUAUGUUAAACAGAGGUCAGAAUGUUGCAGCACAAAUAGAUUAUGCUAAUUUUUAUCAAUAUAGAGAUACUUAUUUUCAAAAUCUACAAGGAACAUUUGAUUUUUCGAAUGUAGAUCAAAAUAUUAUUAAUGUUGGAUUCAGAUUUUCUACAAUUUUGUUUUGGCUGAAAUACUAUAUCCAAAAAGGUCAAAUUCAAAAUGUAAAUUCAGAUGCACUCAGUUCAAAACCGGUAGCUUAUGAUAAGCUAAGAUUUUAUGAUACCACUCAGCGAUACUCGAAGCCAGAACGUAGAAAUUUAAACGUUGAAAACCAAUUUCAAGGCGGAUUUCCAGACGAAAACAACUUACCAGGCCCUGCUCCAUCAGCACAGCCAUAUAAUGGCAACAUGCCCCCUAACAUGGCGUUCCAAGAUAUUCCUUUCAUGGGCGGAAAUACUAAUUUCGCAAAUGCUGCGCCAAUGCAGCCAACUAACCAGCCAAAUGUUGCUCCACAAGGGAUGCCAAGCAAUGUGCCACCAGUAGAGCCAGCAGAUACUCUUCCUGCUGCACAACCUGUACAACCUCAAUUUGAACAGCCAAACAAACAAGAAAGUUCUGCACCAAGUCGUCAGCAAUCAUCUAACCAGGUCACAGCUCCAAAUACAACCCAAGAACAGGCCGAACAACCAGAAUCUCCUCCAGAACCAGAACCAGUGACUCUUGUCCAAUUAAAGGAAUACCAUUUCCCAGAUGGUGAAUCUAUUACCAAUAAAUGGCUCGAAGAUCUCUGCUACAGAAAGUCAAUUUCCCAAAGUGCCGGAGAUUACACAGAUGAAGCUCAGUUUUCGAUAACCAUUGAUCCAACAAAAGACCCUGAUCUCCUAAGUAUCGCACAAUACACAAGAAAUCUCAUUUACGGAGAUCAAAAUCUUAUUAUUGGUCAAGAAUCCGCUACAGCGCUAAAUGAAGUUGUUAGUUUGAUGUCUCUGUAUCAGGCGCACCAAGUAGAGAUCAUAGAAAAUCUUUUCUACUCUGUAACUUUGUAUGGAGUUGCAACUCUCAAAAAUAACCAAAAAUUGAACUUUGUAAGAUCAUUAUCUAUCGUUCAGGAAGAAGAACCAGGAUUUUUCAGAAUUCUGAGCGACCAAAUUCAUUUUAUGCAACAUUCUGUUGAAAUUGUAUAA